CUCUCUCUCUCUCCUCUCUCUGCACAAGAGCUCCAAGCUCCUCCCACCUCCCAUGGCUUCUUCUCUCAGCGGCGGUAACAGGCUCUCCCUUGCCAUGGAGCGCACUGGCCAAUGGAUUAUCUCUCAAGAUAUUCCGUCAGAUGUUGUGGUUGAAGUUGGUGAAGCCAAUUUCUCUCUACACAAGUUCAUGCUCGUGGCCAAGAGCAACCGCAUAAGAAAACUGAUAAUGGAGUCAAAACAACCGGACCUAACGAGAAUCAACCUCUCCGACAUUCCCGGAGGCCCCGAGACGUUCGAGAAGGCGGCCAAGUUCUGUUACGGCGUCAACUUCGAGAUCACAGUUCACAACGUCGCCGCCCUCCGCUGCGCGGCGGAGUAUUUGGAAAUGACUGAUAAGUACUGCGAGAACAACCUCACCGGCCGCACCGAAGAUUUCUUAGCUCAGGUCGCUCUCACGAGCCUCUCCGGCGCCAUUGUCGUGCUCAAGACCUGCGAAGACCUCCUUCCCAUGGCGGAGGACCUCAAAAUUGUACAGAGAUGCGUCGAUGUCGCCACUUCCAAGGUAUCAAUCGAAGCGAAAUUUCCGAGUCGAUCGCCGAAGAAUUGGUGGACUGAGGAAUUGUCGAUUUUGGACAUUGAGUUCUUCGGCAGAGUAAUCGCCUCGUUGAAGCUGCGCGGCGUGAAAGCAUUGACCGUCGCCAGCGCUAUCAUAACGUACGCCGAGAAAUGGCUCCGAGAUCUUGUCCGAGACCACUCCGGAACCGCCGCGAAAUUGGCCGCUUCUGACGACUCCGAUUUGCGGCUUCAACAACGGGAGCUUCUGGAAUCGAUCGUCGAGAUCUUACCGACUGAGAAAGCCGUUCUCCCGAUUAACUUUCUCUGCUGCCUCCUCAGAUCUGCGAUCUUCGUCAAGGCGUCGAGCACGUGCAAGACCGAGCUCGAGAGGCGGAUCUCGGCGGUCCUGGAGCACGUGACAGUCGACGACCUCCUGGUCCUGUCGUUCACCUACGACGGCGAGAGGCUCUUCGAUCUGGAGAGCGUGAGGAGGAUUAUCUCCGGGUUCGUGGAGAAGGAGAAGAGCGUCGCGGUCUUCAACGCCGGCGAUUUCAGGGAGGUUUGCUCGGCGGCGAUGAUUAGAAUCGCAAAGACUGUCGACGCGUAUCUUGGUGAGAUCGCCACGUGUGUUGGGCUCAGUAUCUCGAAGUUCAAUGGCAUCGCCAGCCUCAUCCCCAAAGGCGCGCGCAAAGUCGACGACGAUCUCUAUCGUGCUAUUGAUAUUUACUUGAAGUCUCACCCGAACCUUGAUGAGAUAGAGAAGGAGAAGGUGUGCAGCGUAAUGGACGCAUUGAAGUUGUCUUACGAAGCGAGAGUGCACGCUUCGCAAAACAAACGACUUCCCGUUCAAAUCGUACUACACGCGUUGUAUUACGACCAACUAAAGCUGAGGAGCGGGGUGGAUGAAAACGACGUGCAAGACGCAAUAACGACGAGGAGUCAGGUACAACACGACGUGUCGUUGGCGAGGGAGAACGAGGAGUUGAGAACAGAGUUGCUGAAGAUGAAGAUGUACAUUACGGACCUGCAUAAGACUGGGCCUGCGGCUGUUGCGACGACGUCGUCUUGUAAAGGAGGUGGCGGGCCCAAAAAGGCGAAAUUUUUCUCGUAUGUAUCGAAGAAAUUGGGGAGGUUAAAUCCCUUCAAGCAAGGGUCGAAGGACACUUCGAACAUCGUGGAUGAGGAUGUGGAUAUUACCAAGCCUAGAAGACGAAGGUUUUCCAUCUCUUAAUUAAUUAAGUCAUUGCACUUUGUGUGGGUGUUAAUUCUUGUUUAUUUUUUUUCCCUAAAUCUUUAAUUUGUCGUUUCAAAUGAUAAAUUGUGUUGCUAGUUCAAAACUUCAACUAGUUUAUAGUUUGUGUAAAUUAAUUGUAAUAUGUGUUUAUAUUUUAAUAAAGUUGGAAUUUUGUGAUCUUUUUGUUUAAGGGGCUGUAAUAAAACUACAUUUUUAAAUAGA